AUGGCGGAGCAAGCGACGACGUUCAGUGCGGCCGAGGCAGCCGUAUACGACCGGCAGAUGCGUCUCUGGGGUGUAGAGGCGCAGAAGCGACUUCAAAAUUCACGCGUUCUAGUCAGUGGCCUCACUGCUCUGGGCUCGGAGCUGGUGAAGAACCUCGUGCUGGCAGGUAUGGGUGUGACGCUGCACGACUCGCAGGCAGUGACACCAGCAGCCAUAGCCACGCAGUUCUUCCUAUCUGAAGAAGAUAUCGGCAAGAAUCGCGCCGAGGCUUGUCUGCCCCGUGUGCAGGAACUGAACCCCCUGGUGCAGGUUUCAAGCGAGACUAAACCUCUGGACGAGCUUACCGAUGAGUUCUUCAAGCAGUUCACGGUCGUCUGCCUUAUAGGCGCCGAGCAAGUCACAGAGUUUCGACUGGACACUUUGUGUCGCUCCUUAGGAAUCGCUUUCUACUCCGCCAGGAGCUUCGGCUUCGACGGCAUCAUAUUCGCCGAUCUGGGUGAACACACGUUCCGUCGCAACGCCGUGGGAGCUGAUAGCGCGCCCAGUGACCCAAUUACAGUCAAGUUCCCGACACUGGAAGAGGCCCAGAAGAUCCAAUGGAGCUCGUUACAGAGCGCCCGUAAACGCGCACCACAACUGCCUCAAGUUUUCGUCAAGAACCAACUGUUACAGGGCUACAAGAGUCUUAAGGGCAUGACGAAGAUUACGGACAACCAGGAGGUGGAGUUUAUCCACUAUGCCAGAGAACAGUUCCAAGCCAAUGGACUAGAAGAAGACUAUCUCUCUCCGGACGAGCUGCAGGCUUUGCUGCGUGUUGCUGACGCGGAUCUUGUGCCGAUUUGUGCUAUUGUGGCUGGUAUUAUGGGUCAGGAAGUUAUCAAGGCUAUCUCGCAGAAGGACGAGCCGAUUUGCAACUUCUUCUGCUUCGACGGCGUCACGGGUACUGUGAGAAGAAUCGGAUAG